GCACAUACAAACAUACAGAGCAUAUCAAUCCAGAGGUGUCUAAACAAAGUUGGUAAUUACAUUUCUCUUAAAAAAAUUUCGUAGGAUGAGUGAUGAUGAUGAGUGUCCAAAUCUUAUUAGUGCCAAGGUACCAGUCACCAUACUGACUGGGUUCCUCGGUAGCGGGAAGACGACCCUGUUGCACUAUGUUAUUUCAGCUGAACAUAACCUGCGAAUUGCUGUCAUUGUAAAUGAGUUUGAGUUUGGUAGAACAAUUGAGAAGGGUCUCCAUUUAAAGAGCUCCGAGAAGCUCGAUGACGAGUGGCUGGAGCUUAAAAACGGCUGCAUGUGUUGCACAGCUCAGACCCAAACGGUACAGGCUCUGGAAUCGUUGAUUUGUCGCAAAGGCACCUUUGACCUCAUUCUUGUUGAGACCUCCGGGCUGGCCGAUCCUGGACCUAUUGCAACAAUGUUCUGGCAGGAUGAUGCUCUGUGCGGUAAACUUUACCUCUCUGGUAUUGUCACGCUUGUGGACUCUGUCAACAUUGUCAAAUACCUGGCAGAUGGCGACGUAUCCAACGAAGCUUCUCGUCAGUUGUUGCUGGCCGACAAAAUCGUUUUGAACAAGUGUGAUAUCGCCACACCGUCUCAGCAAGAGGCCGCACUGAGUGAAGUACGCGCUAUCAAUCCUGUAGCAGAGGUGAUACGAAGUAGCUACUCUCAGAUACCUGACCUCCGUCGUAUUCUUUUCAUUGGCACCACACGCUCACUGAAGGAGCUGGACUGUGCCCACAUCGAACACCACUCCACCAUCAGGGCAAUUUCAUUAGAGUUUUACGAUUGCGAUCGCUGUUUAGCCGUGGGUGAUCCACGGGAUGUCGACUUCAUUUGUAAAGAACUACUAUACAAUAGUGAGGAGAAUGACUUCGAAGUGGUGCGCUGUAAGGCGGCGAUUUGGAUGUACAAAGAUAACAUGUACUCAUUGUUGCAACUCCAAAGCAUUGGGGAUCUCUUUGAUGUAAGAAUGAUGGAGGGUCAUACUUUGCCGUUAGGUUGUACUCGUGUACUUGUUCUUGGAAAGAAUUUAGACGCCGAAAAGUUGCGACAGAUUUUUUUGCCGUACUUGAAAGCGACAAAGUGACCCUUCGGAUUUAAAGAAGAUGCUCUGAGCGUGUGGCAUUUAGGGAAAGUGGUUUUAUGUUGCUGCUAGAGUUGUACAAGUGUGGGAUGCAUUGCCCCACGAAGGGAUCUUUUGCAGGCUUCCAUUUCGCGAAUUGGUUGGAUUCUAAAGUAAUUAUGAUUUAUCAUCCCGCAAUAA